GCCAGCUGCCGCGGCCAAGAUCCGAGAACUCGCGCCCCACGCACGAUCGAGAGUGAGAGUGACCGACAGUCCCAGGCGCCAUGAACGUGGAGGAGGAGGUCGGGAAGCUCAAGGAGGAGAUCCAGAGGCUCGGCCAGCAGCAGCCCGAUGGCUCCUACAAGGUCAAGUUCGGUGUACUCUUCAAUGAUGAUCGCUGUGCAAACAUUUUUGAAGCACUAGUCGGCACCUUGAGGGCCGCCAAGAAGAGGAAAAUUUUGAAAUAUGAUGGCGAGCUGCUUCUGCAGGGUGUUCAUGACAAUGUGGAGAUAACCCUAUUGCCGCCUCCUGCAGUUGCUGCCGCUUGAGGCGCGCAGAUCCACCAGUCCCCUAUUCUGUACCGUUGAUAUGCUAGUACUUUGUUGUGCCUAUGUGCUUCAUGAACCAUUUGGUAUUCCCAGAAGACUGCUACUGUGUGAUGUGCGAAGUUGUGAUGCUUAAAAAAUUGGCUUGCUUGCAUAUGGUUGUGUUGUAACAUUCUAGAUGAUUUUGUUCCUCUCCAGAAAGUUCUCUUUCUAGUUCCA